UUUCCUAAAUUUGAGAAUUUCUGCCUUUCUAGAAUUUCCAGGAGAUUUUUCCAAAAGGCUGCUUGCCAGAAGGUGCUCUCACAGUAACAGUUUUAUUUUCCAUUCAGACCCGACACGUAUCGAAACCAGGGACGUUUCAGGGAAAGGGAAACCGGAAAAAGGAAAGUUCAGGGAAAUCAGGGACGUAACAGUUUUAUCUCCCUUGAGAUACGCAUCGAAACCAGGGGUCGAAACGGGAACUUUGAAAAAAUUUUAGCAAUUUUUACCUUCUGCCCUCUGGGUUUUGAUUUUAUUUAUCCUCCCUACAACCCUAUUUAAUUUAAACAAAAUUUAUUUAAAGGUGUGCGCACAAAAAUGGGACCAGGCUUCACUCAAUUAAACGACCUUACAAUUAUACAACUCUCACAUGGAAUGGCCCAGCAUUUAUUACAAGACAUGGCUAGUAAAGGAAACAAUAAAAUACCCAAAAUUGUGGUUGGGUUUGAUGGACGUCAUAAUAGCUUGAGAUUCGCUCAAUUAGCCUCCAAUGUAUUCAUUAAAAAUCGAAUAUGUGUAACUUUGUUUUCUGAAUGUGUUCCAACACCUGUUGUUUCUUUUGCCGUUGUCGAAUUAAAUUGUGAUGCUGGUUUAAUGAUAACAGCCUCCCACAACCCAAAAGAAUAUAAUGGCUACAAAGUUUAUUGGAAUAAUGGAGCUCAAAUACUUUCCCCUCACGACAAAAAAAUCUGCCUGCUUGCAAGAGAAUCACCCCCAAAAGAAGAUUAUUGGAAUAUUACAACUUUAAAUACAACAAACAAUUUAUUUUCUGUGGCUGAUUCUGUUCUGGAAAAAUAUUUUUGUAAUGAGUCUGCUGUUUGUUGUUUUUAUAGAGAAUUAAAUGCAAAAACUUCACUUAAAUUUACUUAUUCUGCCUUCCAUGGUGUUGGUUCUAAAUAUGCUCGUAGAAUGUUUAAAGAAUUUGGAUUUCCAGAAGAUGCUUUUUCUUAUGUUAAGGAACAAGACGAACCCAAUCCAGACUUUCCAACUGUCUCCUUUCCAAAUCCAGAAGAGGGCCAUGCUGUUCUCAAACUUUGUUAUCAAACAGCUGAGGAAUCUGGUGCUACCUUAAUUUUGGCAAAUGAUCCGGAUGCUGAUAGACUUCAAAUUGCUGAAAGACAGCCUGAGUAUUUAGUUUUUAUUUUUUGGGAUAGUUUUUGGGGUUGGUUUCUCACUUUUGGGGAAUUUUAGGCUUUAUUAUCUUUUGCUGUACUUCUGGAAAGAAUCGAAAGAAUUGGAUUUUAGAGACCUCCAUUUUAUUUUAGCCCCAUUUUUUCUUGGAGUUCUUAACGAGGUUGAAACUUUCUAUAAAUAUAAGGUCAGACAGCAGCUAUCCUCAUUG